AGAAGAAUACCUUUCAAUGAAUAAUAUUUACUUAGCAGUGCAUGAGAAUACCAGUGCUGCUGACAUGUAUAGCUUAAUUGUGAUGAUACAAUGAUAGAAUAGAUUCUUAUAUAGAUAUGUUAUUAGUAACUCUCUUUGCCUUGUUUUUACUGCAAAGAGCAGGUCAUUCUCAAUCAUUCUCCUUCCAAUAUUCUGCCAAUCUCCCAGGACUGCAAGUAGACUCCACUGGGAGAACAUUCCUUGCAGCAGACAUCUACCUGUAUAGACUGAAUGCUCAGCUACUACAAGAGGAGAGAGUUGAUCUAGGAGCUACUGUCAUUGACAAAGGACUUGCCCUGAGCUCUACUGGAAUGUUGGUGGUGUGUUUAGAGGAUCUCUCUUGCUCUGUCUACAAUGCAAGCAACCUCAGUGCUGGUCCUAUCAGGAGUGUCAGUAAUGCUAUAGCCUCAGCAGAUCCUGACUUUGGAGCAGCCAUCUUCACGUCAGGAGACACUUUCUACACUGGAGCAUCAACUGGUGCAGGAGAGAAGAUGGUACUGCAACAAUUUGGAGAGGGGUUCAAUAGAUCUUCCAACAACAAUCCAUCAGGCACACGCAAUGCGCUGGUUUUUGGGGUUAGUGAUUUUAGACGACGAUUCUAUGCAUUCGGUGGUUUUGUGAGUGGUGGAUUUGCCUAUUAUGUUGUCGUCGACUAUCGACCUGCUACUGCACAAGCUAUAAGACUAUUACGUGUUUGCAGCAUGCCUGAUUGUGGAGGCCCAAGUACCUGUGGAGUGACUGCUUCGUAUGAACUGGAAAUCAAUUGUGGCGUUCAAACGAUCACUGAAGAGAUUUGUGUGUGUGGAGUGUCAUUAGUGGAGGACUUCAGUGGGAUAUCUGGACCCACUGCUGUGAUAACUAUUUGCUCUGACAUUACUAAUUCUAUUUGUGUGGUCAAUAUCACUGCUGUCAAUGAAGCUAUGGAUGCUAAAUAUGACUCUUGUAUUGUGUCACGCACUGUUGGAGAAAAAAUUGGCAUAGCAUGGAGAACAGGCUCAGAUAACUGCUCUACCCUGUCUCAGCCUCAGAUAACUGUGGACAGAUGUGACACACCCAGUCCAGUUGGCCUUCUCGUCCCAAAUGGUGGCAUUGACAUAAUAGCACCAGUUCGUAUCAACUUUGGAGACAGCCCUGUACUCCUUGCUUCAGUGGCUGUGAAGAUGGAGCAGUUUUUCUUUGUAUUUGUGACAACUGAUAAUUCUAGGAUAAUAGGAUAUGAUGUCAGUGGUUCAUCUACCCUGGAUGCUAAUAGCUCAUUCUACAAUCAGCCAGUGACCUCUGAUGUAUAUCAUUUGUCAUGGCAGGAGGGACUGGACUACAUCACAGCAGCCACUAGAGACACUGUGUACCAAGUACCCAUAGAGGAGUGUUCCCAGCAUAUAGAUUGUACCAGUUGUACCAAUGAUCUCAACCCGCUGUGUGGGUGGUGUGUGGUGGAAAACAAGUGCUCUCGUCAGACGCAGUGUCAGAACUCCAGUUUCUCCAGUAGAUGGAUACAGGACAAUGCCAACUGUUUUACUGCUGCAAUUGUGGAGCCAAUGCAAUUUGUGCUUGACCAUGCGAUUCUUGAUAAUGAGCUCACGGUAACCCUGCCUUACCUCCUGCAUGGAGAGAACAUCUCCUGUCAUCUGGCAGACGAUAAAGGACGUUUCCCACCCAUCAUAGUACCAGCUGUUGGGGUCACCCCAGGAACAGUGUUUAGUUGUGAUAUUGAAGGACUCGUGGUACCUGACUACCUUGGAGUGACUGCAAUCAUCAACCUGGGCUUUCAGAGCUCUCUGUCCAAUGAGCCAUUUAACAUUACCAACCAAGCACUCACCAUCUACAAUUGCUCAGCAGGAGAAAGCUGUAAGGAUUGCCUCGGGCCCAACAGUCCGUGUGGAUGGUGUAACCUCAACAAGCAGUGCAGUGGAACACCAGCUCCUUGCAGGAAUGUAUCUCACUUCCUACAGGUGUCUGGAGGCAAUGAUUUCACUGCUGAGUGCCCCCUAUUGGACACACCCCCCUCUGGUGGGUACACUCAACCAGUGAGGGUGGCCCAGGACCUUCGACUGACCACCAGAAACCUCAUUGCUCCCACGGAUGGCUUUGAGUACUAUUGUGUUGUGAAUGGAGUUAGUCUGACAGCUCAGUAUGAGAACAAAAGCUCCAUCCUGUGUACAGUGGGCAGUGGACAACUGACACUUUCUGCUGGAGCCAAUAGUUCCCCUGUGGUUGCCAUGGUAACCUGGGCGGGAAAUAAUAUCAGCCACCUACUGAACAACACUCUGCAACUAAUUUCAGUGACGCUGUAUGAUUGUCGUGAUUUGGCUAGUGAAUGUUCGGAAUGUAUUGCAGUCAGAAUGGGGUCAGAGUUCGCAUGUGGGUGGUGUGGGGGUAGUUGUGAGGUUAUGCAAGAGUGCUCCAAUACUUUCAUUACUGAGGGGGACAGUUGUCCUGCCCCUGUCAUCAACUCAUUCACUCCAAUGUCGGGACCAGUUGAGGGUGGUACAGCAAUCACUGUGAUUGGUACUGACUUCGGAGGAACUUUUGCCGAGAUUCAGAACUCCACCCUUACAUUAGGAGGCGUGGCCUGCACUGCCCUCAUCACUGGUUACAUACCAUGGCACCAGUUUGUCUGUGAGACCACCAAUUUUGUAACUGGAGGGUUAAAAGUCUUCUCUCUAACCAUUGGCUCUAGAGUAGCCAUUGAAAACGGUGGCUCCUUCACUGCAGUGAAUUCUAUUGUCAGCAGUGUGACUCCGACCUUUGGACCCAUGGCCGGGGGAACCGAAGUGGUUGUGAGGGGGACUGCACUGAACGUGGGUAACCAGGAGGAUACUAGAGUCUCUUUGGAGAUCAAUGAGUCAAGCUACAACUGCAACAUAACAUUGUCAUCUAUCGAGUCUAAAGAGAUUCGGUGCAGAACCUCAGCAGCAAACCUCACCUCCGAUGCUUUAGUGGUGGUGUACAUUGAUGCUGCCAGAGUCAGCAAUCCAGGAGUGGUCUUCAGUUAUCGUAACAACCCCAACGUGACUACCGUGUUUCCUAGCAACACUAUUUCUAGCGGAGGCAUCAAACUGACCUUUACUGGAGUGAACUUGGACGUGGUACAACAGUCUGUGUUGGAGGUCUACCAGCCGAUGGGGGCUCCUCCAGCAACUACCGAACAACACCAUAGGAGCACCUGCAGUAUUGUGGACAAUACCACCAUCACAUGCUCAACUCCUAAUCUAACAACAACCUCACUGACCCCAUUGAACUAUGCCCUGAUGUUUGAUGAUGUCCCACUCGCCACACACGCAAGCCUUCCCAUCAGCGUCCAAUCAGAUCCCUCCAAUUUUCGGCUGGAGGGUUCGCAAGAGGUCACCAGUGGUACAGCGACUCUCAUACGCAUUGUGGGUGAUAAUCUCGACUCAGUGGAGACCAGUGAGAUAAAAGUGAUCGUGGGAGGGGAGGAAUGUGUCAAGACAUCCAGUAAUUCAAGAGGGAGCGAAUUUAUCUGUACCGCCCCCUUGGAGAUCCCAGGAGAGGAAAACCCGGCUAUUAUACGAGUGAACGUUGGGAGCAACAUCGCUCAAGUAUUGGACCAGCGACUGACCUACAUAGUUCUUGUGGUGGAGGUUCCUACGGUGGAGGUUCUUGAAGCGGCAGUUCCCCUGGAGGUCAUCAUCCCGAGUGUUUUGGGGGGGGCUGUAGUGGUAGUGUGUGUAGUACUGAUCAUUUUUGUCUGUUUUUGUCUGAACUCACGAAGGAAGACCGUGUCCAUCACUAUGCAUGAACAGAUGAUGGAGCUCGUGGCUAAUAGGAGAACACAGGAGGAAAUAUUACCUGUGGAUGGCAAUACUGCACUCGUUAAAUCAGAACUUGUUGAGAUUGCCGAGUCCAUCCCAGAUUCAUUCAAAAUACCAGCCUCCAUAUUGAAGCUCUCCAGUACUGCAAUAGGACAAGGUGAAUUUGGCAUUGUGUACAAGGGCGUUCUGACAGACUGGAACAAAGUACAUAUGCAGGGGGUGGCCGUGAAGACACUAAAAGGUCUGUUCUCGUUGUCGGAUGUUCAGAGCAUGGUGUGUGAGGUGAACAAGAUGCAGGACUUUGACCAUCCUCAUGUCAUGUCCCUGAUUGGGGUGUGUCUUGAUGCUGGCCCCGGUGUUGCCAUAGUGAUGCCAUAUAUGGCCAACGGCAGCCUCAUUGGAUAUCUCAAGAGAGAGAGGAGCAGCCUUGAGUUGGACGAUGACUGUGAGAUUGAUCAGAUUCUUGUUGUUAGGAAGCUGCUACUAAAGAUGUGUCAUCAGAUAGCACUGGGAAUGGUCUACUUGGCCGAGCAGAAGUUUGUCCAUCGUGAUCUUGCAGCCAGAAACUGCAUGCUGGACUCGGGAGGAGGUAUCAGGGUGGGGGACUUUGGUCUGGCUGAGGACGUCUAUGCUAGUGGUUACUUCAGACAGAACGACCGAGCCAAUGUGAAGCUGCCCUACAAAUGGAUGGCAUUGGAGAGUCUCAACGAUGCUAUCUUCACAGAGAAAACUGAUGUGUGGUCGUAUGGUGUGACUGUGUGGGAGGUCUUCAAUGGAGGACGGACUCCAUACCCUGCCGUGGACCCACUGUCCCUCAUCCAGCUGCUGGGAGAGGGACGAAGACUAGAGAAACCUCUCAAUGCAGCCUGUGCCACCGAGAUUUCUAAACUGAUGCGUCAGUGUUGGAGGGAGGACCCAGAGGAGAGACCAACCUUCUCACAACUGUCCGCCAUUGUGGAGAGGCUACUGACAUCCAUUUCUGACUACACUGAACUCAGUAUGGUACUACUGGACACCAGUCAAGAGAAGGAGCAGCUCAAGUAUGACAAUGUACCCACACCCACUGAAGACGCUCAUCGCUAUGUCGACGCUCCACCUGGUUACCCUCGAGCAUUCAAGAACAGAGUGUACGAAGAAGUUACUGCAACAGGCAGUUAUAAAUUAGCCACUAUAGGUUAAAGGUCAAAUGUUAUCUCCUGCAUGUAUAGUGAUAGUUAUAUACAGCGUAUAUAUAAAUUUACAACUAGCAGCUUUGAUAUUAUUAUUUUGGUGCAACCAUAGCAUUGCACAGUAUUUUAUUUAUUCUUUAACUCCAGCCUCUUUGAUUUUGGUGCAACAUGCUUUUACAUUACUGUAUUUUUAUUAUAGCCAUUUAUGCAUGCAAUGCUUGCCAUCUUUAUUUCUGCAAUA